CGCGACUUCGACGUUGCCUUCUUCCCCAUUUCGAGGCGCAAUGAUUCUCGGGAGACCGCAUGCACCAACCUGUCCACCCCGUCAGCACCUCGUCGUUCCACAUGCAGGAACGAUCUUUGGUCCCGCGCCUAGGUCCACCCGAGAUGUUCGAUGCGGUGCGGCAAACCGUCCACUCAGCGCGCAGCGGUCUGCCUAUAAAACGAUAGAGAUCUGAGCGCAGCAGACCGGACUCCCGCCCCCUAGACUCGCCGGUGCCUGCUUCAUGUCUGACGGCUCCAUUGUCAGUUUCCCCACCGCUGCAGGUGCCGCCGAGCCCUCUUCCUCUACUCUGGUGUCUGGCAAUUCUACGUCGCCCGGCGGUGGAGAUUCCCUUGGUCCCCCUCCUCCCAAUACCGAUUUGCAGCUGAUAUUCUGGCUCGAGGUGUUCUACCUUGGCUGCCUGGCAGCAUUCACCCUGGCCCUCGCACCGUGGGCCAUUGCGAGGUUUCGCCACAAGGCAGAAUGGGGUGCCGGCUGGCUUCUGCGCCGAGUCACUCUCCCUGCACAUGUCCCAGAGACGCCUCAGCCGAACAUUGCUUCUAGUCCUGUUGAUUCCGAGGUAUCGGACGAAAAAUUUGAUGCGUCCAGUGUGGUCCGCCCGCCUAACCGCGCGCAUCCGCGACUGGCAUCAUAUUCGACACGAUUUCCAAUCCUGUCUGCUCUGCUGCGAACGCCCAUUACGGAACGUUAUUCCGUCGGCAGCCUUAUUAUUUCCGCAGUGUACAUCGGAUCUGUCCUGUUCGCGACGUUCUACAACAUCAACCCGUUUGUCAAGGGCAAGCGCUUUGGCUACGUAGCGAUCUCGCAGUUCCCUAUCGUGUACACUCUGUCAACGAAGAACAACCCCAUCGGAUGGUUGGUUGGUGUGGGUUACGAGAAGUUAAACCAUCUCCAUCGUGUCGCCGGCAUAACUGUUGCGAUCGCUGCCAACUUUCACGGAUUCACGUACAUCAUCAAGUAUUCCAUGAACAACACGCUUUCGAAGCUGAACGAACCCGAGAAGAUCUAUGGGCUUACCGCCAUGGUGACCCUCGAUGUCCUCAUUAUCAUCAUGAGCCUGCCGGUGAUACGCCGCCGGUGGUAUCGGGCCUUCUACGUUUCGCAUAUCGUGGGAUUGGUCGUGUUGGUAGUGCUGAUCUACUAUCACGAAGCGACCACGGCGAAGUACGCAUUCGCUACAGCGAUGAUUUAUGCUGCCGACCGUGCCCUGCGCCUUAUCAGAACCCGCAUCGUCACUGCUACCAUCUCUCCCAUUCCGGAGUUGGGCAUGACGCGCGUCACGGUCCCGCUGAACGCUGGUUGGAGGCCAGGACAGCAUGUUCGCGUCCGAGUUCUGACCUCUGGGAUGGGUAUGUUCCGUUGGAGUGAAGCACAUCCGUUCACCAUUGCCACUGCACCGCGGACAGAGGAGAAUCUGGUCCUCAUGUGCAAGGCGACCGGAGGUUGGACCACUGACCUGUACAAUUAUGCCCGCGGCGAUGGAAGAAGUGACAAGGAAGAGGCCACGACCUCGAAGAUCGUCCGGAUGUGGGUCGAGGGUCCCUACGGCGGAACCGGUCAUACUCUAUUGAACAGUUUCUCUGCUGCUGUCUUGAUAGCAGGAGGAAGCGGGAUCACCUUCAUCAUGGCCGCUGCCCAAGACAUCAUGCGAUCCGCCGCGAAUGGUCAAACUCAUCUGAAGACCGUUCGCGUCGUUUGGAGCGUAAGGGAACCAGGAUCUCUGAAAGCUCUUAUGCCAACCUUGGCCUCGCUACAAGAGGCGUGGCCCAGCUCGGUAGCGCUUGAGAUCUCGGUGCACUAUACCCGAGCGUCGGCAUAUCAGGAAAACUCCAAACUCUGCCUUCCGUAUGGGAUGAGCCUUGAAGCCGGAAGACCUCGAACGACAGCCAUCCUCGAGUCUGUGAUGGCUCGUUUGGGGUCGGACAAAAAAUGUGUCGAUACUUCUCUUUCUGGUGUCGUCGUAGGCGUUUGCGGACCGGGGUCUCUGGGAGAAGAGGUCAAAGACUCUAUCGGCGCCCUUGGCAUCGCAGCCAUGAGAUCCGUCGGCGGUGUAGAGAUCCAUCAAGAGGUCUUCGGAUGGUGAUUCUCCACCCGGCUUGCGUUUUCCUUGAGUGUUGUUGUGAGUUCCGCAUAGAUAGAUAUAUGUAUCCUGUUAUAGCUAGAGGAGCCUAGAUUGUUUGGAAAGCUGUAUCCCUAUCCGUACAUGACUUACGAACGAACGAAACGACGUACGAAAAUGGAUUAGUU